CACAGACACACACAGAGUUCCCAUUUACAACUCACCACUCUCUCCGAGUAUGUCACUCACUCCCUCACUCCCUCAUUCGUCAGUCCGUCUCGUCAGCCCAGUCCCUCGGCUUCCUGAGCACGUCCACCAGCCGCCUCUCUUCCUCCCCUGGCUCCCCAUAUCGGUAGCUCCACUUGACGAGCGGCGGAGCCGACACUAUUACCCUCUCUAUCGCCCCUCCCGGCGCCAGACCAAACCUCACACCUCUGUCAUAGAGCAGGUUGAACUCGACGUACCGCCCCCUUCUCACCAGCUGCCACUCACGCUGCUGCGGCGUGUAGGGCAGUGACCGCCGGCGGUCCACGAUGGGCCGCCAGCUGUCGAGGAGACCGUCAGCCACAUCCUGGACAAAUUCGAGGGGUGGUGUGGGAGGGGUCGGUGAAGUGGAGGGGGAUGGUGAUGGUGGCGGUGGGAGGUCAGAAAAGUCCAUAAGGUCGUCGAAGAAGAUGCCGCCGAUGCCGCGAUGCUCCUGUCGUGCUGGCAGAUAGAAAUACUCAUCGCACCACUUCUUGUACCUCGGGUACAGGUCAGGGCUGUACUUGUCACACACACCUCGCCAGUGCUUGUGCCACUCGAUCGCGUCCUCCUCGAACAGAUAGCAUGGUGUCAGAUCGGCACCACCGCCGAACCAUCCCUGUGGCUCGCUGUGUCCAUCAUCAGCCACCUCAAAGUAGCGGACGUCGGCUCUCAAUGUGGGGACCAUUGGAUGGGCUGCGUGGACGACGAGCGACAGUGCUGCGGCACAGUAAGGCUGCCCCCCUCCCUCACGCACCUUC